UGAGACUGGAAUUGCCUCUCUCAGUUCUGAGCUGCUAACUUCCAUCCCAGCAGCAGAGCCUUUUCACCACCCAAAAUCCACAGCCCCAAGGGAGGAAGGAAAGACCCUCUGCCCCGCAGAGCAUCUCAGAAGUACUGGAAGAGGAACAUGACUGGCACCUAUCUGUGAAGUGACAAGUUACAUCCCUUCAGCUCAGGGUUUGGAUAUCUGGUGCUGUUUUAUCCAUACGAGGCAAGAUGAAGAGGCGUGGCUUCUUGUUGCUGGUGGCUGCAUUCUGCCAACUGCUCUCAGGGAUGCCCAGUGCAGAUGCUCAAGAAGACUCUGCUGACCUGGUUUUCCUAAUUGAUGGUUCAAACAAUGUUGGACGCAGUAAUUUUCCUGCUAUCCGUGAGUUUCUGGUGAAUUUUGUGCGACGUUUGGAGGUGGGAAGUAACCGAAUGCUCAUAGGAGUGGUACAGUAUAGUGACGAUGUCAAAACAGAAUUCACCUUGGAUGAGUUUUCCUCCAAAGACCAGGUGAUACAGGCUUUGAGAAAUCUACGCUUCAUUGGGGGAGAGCAAGCAAACCUGGGGGUCGCCAUUGACUAUGUGGUAGAAAACCUUUUUACCAUAGCUUCGGGCAGUCGAAAGGAAGAGGGAGUUCCACAGUCCCUUGUGAUAAUUACAGCCGGAUCUUCAAGUGAUGACACCAGAGAAGCCUCCAAUGCUUUGAAACUUAACAGUGUCAUCACCUUUGGCAUUGGGGUUGAAAGGGCAGACAUUUCUGAGUUGCAACAAAUUGCAAGUGAUGAUUCCUUUGUGUUUAAUGCCCCACAAUUCCAGGCUCUAGGUGGAGUGGAGAGGGAAGUUCUACCCUACAUUGCUGGGGUAGCCCAAAGGACCAUUGUCCUGCAGCCCCCAACCACAGUAACAGAAGUUAUUGAAGUCAACAUGAGAGACAUUGUUUUCCUGAUUGAUGGUUCUUCUGACAUGGGUGCAAGCAACUUCAUUCCAAUCCGUGAUUUCAUCAUAAGACUACUUGGCAAACUGGAGGUUGGGCCUGAUCUCAUCCGGGUGGCAGUGGUUCAAUAUGCAGACACUGCCAAGGUUGAAUUUAACCUGAACACCUACCCUUCCAAGAAGGAAAUGACUAACCAACUAAAGAAGAUGAAGAUCAUGACUGGUGCUUCUCUAAAUACUGGUGCUGCCUUGAACUUUGUCCGUAAUAAUGUCUUUACUGCCUCUGCUGGUAGUCGUGCACGGGAAGGUGUGCCACAACUGCUUGUCUUAAUCACUGGUGGCCGGUCAAGGGAUGACGUUACCCAGCCUGCAUUGGAGCUUAAACGGAUGGGAAUACUGGGCUUCACAAUAGGAGCCAAGAAUGCUGACCUUGCAGAACUCCAGGAAAUCUCCUUUCUACCAGAAACCAUUUUCCAGCCACAAGAUUUCACUUCAGGUAGUCUGCUGCGUUUAAUCAAUGCAAUGAUACCAUCUUUAAAAACCAUGACUGGAAGGACUGUCAUUGAAGAAACAACUCAAGUUAACCAAAGAGAUAUCGUCUUCCUAUUGGAUGGGUCUGUCAACGUUGGAAAUGCCAACUUUCCAUUUGUGAGGGACUUUAUUAUCGAUCUUAUAAACAACCUUGAUAUCAGCAGUGAAGGCACACGAAUUGGACUGGUUCAGUUUAGUGACACUCCCCGGACAGAAUUGCCUCUAAACAUGUUUCUCUCCAAAUCUGAACUACAGAAUCGUUUGGGUCAGAUGAGGGUCAAAGGGGGGUCUGUCCUGAACACUGGCUCAGCUCUUCAAUUUGUUAUCAAAAACCAUUUCACAAGCAGUGCUGGCAGCAGAAUAGAGGAAGGGAUUCCUCAACUGUUAGUCGUGCUAUUGGCUGGGAAGUCCUCAGACAACAUUGAUGUAGCUACUAGAGAGCUCAUAAAUUCUGGUGUUUUGACCUUUUGCGUUGGAGUGAAAAAUGCUGAUAAGGAAGAAUUGGAGACAAUUGCCUUUAAUCCAGCCAUGGUUUAUGAGAUGGAUGAUUUCAGUGCCCUGUCUGGUUUAAGCCAACAAAUUAUAGAUCCUCUAAACACCUAUGUUAGAGGGGAACGUACAGAGGUCACAGUCACAGUUGAUGAAAGUGCCAAGAAAGACAUUGUUUUCUUGGUAGAUGGCUCAGAUGAUAACAGAGCUGGCUUUGCGUCUCUCAGGACCUUCAUUCAGCGGGUGGUGGAGAGUCUUGAUGUUGGUCAGGACAGGGUACGUAUAGCAGUCAUUCAGUAUAGUGAUUCUAUUAGACCAGCAUUUCUACUUAACACCCACUCAGACCGUCAAGCAGUGCUGAAUGCCAUUAACCGUCUAAAUCCUAUUGGAGGUUCACCAUUGAACACAGGAGCUGCAUUAUAUUAUGUCACUAGGAACGUCUUCUCUGGCACAGCUGGCAGCCGUGCAGCUGAGGGGGUACCACAGUUUUUGAUCCUGCUAACAGGGGGCAAGUCCAGUGAUGAUGUCAGAAGGCCAGCAACUGAGCUCAAGUCAAAUGGUGUUGUUCCCUUUGCUAUUGGAGUCAACAGAGCUGAUCAAACUGAGUUGCAGCAGAUCGCUUUCAUUCCUGAUUUUGUUUUAUAUGUCCCUCAAGUCACUCAGUUAGAAAACGCUUACCAAAGUUUCUCCCAACGAGUUGGACAGUUGACAAGGCAACAGAUAACUACUUUGUUGGAAACAGUCCCUACAGUUACAGAAAGCAAGAAGGACAUCUUAUUUCUAAUUGAUGCAUCUUCCAAUGUUGCGGGAAGAUUUCCAUUAGUUCGUGACUUUGUAGCUGCCAUCAUAGAAAACCUCAAUGUUGGUGAGGAUGCCACAAGAGUCUCUGUAGGGCAGGUUGGCGAAAACGUGAAAGUUGAGUUUAAGUUUGACUCAUUCCCCACAAAGCAGGAGGUCAUCAGUGCAGUAAAGAAGAUGAGGUUUAAACCAGAGAAGAACUUUAAGAUCGGCAAUGCUCUAGAAUAUGCACGUAGAAAUCUCUUUACACCAGAUUCUGGCAGUAGGAUUACAGAGGGAGUUCCACAAUACCUAGUGUUAUUAUCUGCAGGCAAAUCUACAGACAGCGUGGACCAACCAGCUGCUAAUCUGAAGAAAGCUGGUAUUGUGACAUUUGCUAUAAAAUCCCGGAAUGCUGACUCUGAAGAGCUUGAAAAGAUUGUUCUAGCACCACAAUUUGUUGUUUCUGUAGACAGCCUUCAGGAACUUGCUGGAAUCCAGGCCCAGUUCGUCAAUCUCCUGAAGACCAUUUCAGUUGUGACAACCCCGGAAACAUAUGAUGCAACUGCAAGGAAAGACAUUGUGUUCUUGCUUGAUGGGUCUGAAGAUGCACGAUCUAACUUUCCAGCUCUGCGCUCUUUCAUUCAAAGAAUAGUAGAAAAUCUUGAUGUGGGUCAGGAUAAAAUCCGUGUAGCAGUUGUACAAUAUAGUGAUUCCUGCAGACCCACCUUCCUACUUAAUGCUUAUUCAGAUCGCCAAUCAGCGAUAGGCUCCAUACAGCGUAUGACACCCAUUGGAGGAUCCCCAUUAAACACAGGAGCUGCCUUAGACUAUGUCACCAGAAGUGUUUUCACCAGUGAAGCUGGAAGCCGUGGUUUAGAGGGGGUGCCACAAUUCUUGAUCCUGUUGACCACUGGGAAGUCCCGAGAUGAUGUCAGAAGGCCAGCUACAGCUCUCAAGAAAAACAAAGUUAUUCCUUUUGCUAUUGGAGCCAACAAAGCUGACAUGACAGAGUUACAAACAAUCUCUUUCAUUCCUGAUUUUGCCUUUUCAGUUCCUGAUGUCAGCCAGCUAAGCAACAUCUACCAAACUAUCACAACUCGAGUGGCUCAGCUCAAGCAAGGAGAUGUGGAGAUUCUAAUCCAGACAAUCCCAUCAGUGGAAUAUACAGGUGACAAAAGGGAUGUGGUUUUUCUUGUUGAUGGUUCAAGAGGUACUGGUCCAGAGUUCAACAAUAUCCGAGAAUUCAUUGGAAGAAUAGUGGACAGACUAGAUGUCAGUUCAGACAAUACACGAGUGGGUGUUGUACAAUACAGUGAAGACCCAAAGGUUGAGUUCUUGUUAAAUGCCCACUCUACCAAGGAAGAAGUACAAAGUGCAGUCAGAAGGAUGAGGCCCAAAGGAGGAGCAUCAGCAAACACUGGGAACGCCUUGGAGUAUGUGUCAAAGAAUAUCUUUACCAGGCCCUCUGGAAGCAGAAUAGAGGAGCAGGUGCCACAAUUUCUUAUCAUAGCUUCUUCUGGCCCAUCUGCUGAUGAUGUUGCAGAAGGUUCAAAGCAGGUAAAGGAAUCUGCUGUAUUCCCAUUCUUGAUUGGGAAGAAUGUGGAUACAGAGGAAGCCAAGAAGAUUACUUUAGCUCAAGAAUAUAUCUAUCCUGUGUCCAGUUUCCGUGACUUAUCCUCUGUGGAGCAAAAUCUUCUCACACCGAUCACCAGCCUUAGUAUGAGCGAGAUAACCAGAAUCAUUGAACAAAGUGGAAUAAAAGAAGAUUUUGAUUCAGAGAGGAAAGAUGUGGUCUUUCUGAUAGAUGGAUCAACAGCAACAGGCGCAGAUGGUCUUGCCAACAUCAGAGACUUCAUUUUGGCAUUGGUCCAAAACUUCAAUAUUGGACCUAACAAGGUCAGGGUGGGCUUGGUACAAUUUAGUGAUGAUGCUAUCUCGGAAUUCUAUCUCAAGACCAACCUCAACAAACCAGCCCUAAUUCAGAACAUCCGUAGACUGAGACUUCGUGGAGGGUCAUCCUUGAACAUUGGAAAAGCCCUAGAAUAUGUGGCAAAAAAUCAAUUUGUGAAGUCGGCUGGAAGCAGGAUUGAAGAAGGAGUACCCCAACACCUAGUGCUCCUCGUUGGUGGGAAGUCUCAGGAUGAUGUUAGGAGAUCAGCCAGGCUUCUAGGAGAUGCAAAAGUCAAGUCUAUGGCAGUUGCAUCAGGCAAUGCAGUCAAAUCAGAAAUAGAAAGCAUUGUGUCUGAUCCACGAUUCCUUUUCACCAUACGAGAAUUUAGGGAGCUUCCAAGAAUACAAAAUGUUUUAUUUGAAUCUUUUAAAGGCCCUGUAGAACCAACUGCUGCACCACCUGACGUCACAGUAGUUUCUGGAAGAAAGGAAGCUGACAUUGUCUUCUUAGUGGAUGGAUCCAUAAACCUGGGAAGGGACAGCUUUAAGGAGGUCCUGCAGUUUGUAUCUGGUAUUGCAGAUGCAGUUGUUGAUGAAGAAGAUUCUAUACAGAUUGCACUGGCCCAGUACAACUCUGAUGUGACUGAUGAGUUUUUCCUCAAAGAUUACAAAGAUAGGGAAGUGAUAACAGAGGCAGUCACCAAAGUAGAGUAUAAGGGAGGCCGUGUAGCCAGCACUGGUGCUGCUAUUAAACAUUUGCAAGAAAAACACUUUGUAAAAUCAGCUGGUAGCAGAAUUGACUCAGGUGUACCUCAGAUUGCCUUUGUUAUCACUGGAGGAAAAUCUGUUGAUGAUGGCAAGACAGCAGCACUUUCACUAGCUAGUAAAGGUGUUAAGGUGUUUGCCAUUGGCGUGGGAAGUAUGGCCAUUGAAGAGGUUAACAAGCUAGCUAGUGAUUCAGCCGCAGCUUUCCGAGUACCAAAUGUCCAGGAACUUUCUGAGUUGAAUGAGCAGAUUCUGAUAACUUUGGAUACAGCAUUUACUACCAAACAGGCAACCUUGUGUCCAGGUGUGACAGCUGUUACAAAGGAUUGCAAAUUGGAGGUAAUUUUAGGAUUUGAUGUGUCUGGGCAAAAUAUCUUCACUGCCCAGAGAGAAUUAGAGUCCCUGUUAAGACGUCUUUUGGAACAUCUCUCUAAUAUGAAAUCUAUCAGUUGCUCUGGGUCACAGCAGCCUUCUGUUAAAGUUGCCAUCUUGGCUCAAGGAAGCACUGGGCCAGUAGAAGUUUUUGACUUUUCAGAAUAUCGUCCAGAGCUGUUAGAGAAGCUGACCAGUGUGGCUACAAAAGGGCCAUUUGUAUUAACAGCCAGGACUCUUCAGACAUAUCUCAAUAAAUUCCGGACCUCUGCCGAAGAUGAUAGUCUCAAGGUUAUUAUUCAUAUGACAGAUGGUCCAGAUGAAGGGAUGGCUGAGUUACAGGCAGCAUCAGCUGUUCUGCAGAAUGCAGGGGUGAGAGCUCUUCUCUUUGUUGGUCUGGAGAAUGUGCCUAGGUUUGAUCAAGUGAUGCAGUUGGAAUUUGGCAGAGGAUUCACGUAUACCAUUCCCCUGACUGCAAAUCAAGCUGAUGUGGGUUUUAAUAUAAUAGAUGAGUUGGAUAAAAUUGCAGAGAAAGGAUGCUGUGGAGUGUCUUGCAAGUGCAAUGGGCAGAGGGGAGAUGUGGGACCACCAGGCCCCAGUGGACAAAAGGGUACUCCUGGUCUCAAGGGACACCAGGGUUUCCCAGGAGAAGAAGGCGGUCCAGGAGAGCGUGGUCCUCAAGGUGUAAAUGGAACUCAAGGUUUCCAGGGAUGCCCAGGACAAAGAGGAACUAAGGGAUCCCGUGGAUUCUCUGGAGACAAGGGUGAAGUAGGAGAGAUAGGUCUGGAUGGAAUUGAUGGUGAAGAAGGCAACAGAGGAACACCUGGAUCUGCUGGGGAAAGAGGCAGUGCUGGCCCACGGGGAGAGAAAGGACUAAAAGGACAGAGAGGAGAAAGAGGAGAUUCUGGUUUGAGGGGAGAUCCGGGAGAGCCUGGAACAGACGCUACCCAGAGAGGAGCAAGAGGAAAUAAAGGAGAAGCUGGCUCUGUGGGAGAACCAGGAGGAGAUGGUGCUGCAGGGCCACCAGGGGGUCCAGGAAAACAAGGACCAGUGGGUCGAAGAGGACCCCCAGGAAUCAAAGGUAACAAAGGAGCUGCUGGUCCCCCAGGUGGUGUAGGAGAGCAGGGCUUGCGUGGGUCCCAGGGUCCUCCAGGGCAGAUAGGUGCUCCAGGCACAAGAGGGGAGCAGGGCAGUCCUGGACCAAGAGGACCCGGUGGUACUCCUGGAUCUGCUGGAGAUCGUGGCAGAGCUGGUCCACUUGGGCGCAAGGGUGAGCCUGGUGAUCGUGGAGCUAAAGGUAGUGAUGGACCCACAGGGCCACGUGGAGAGACAGGAGAAGAUGGACGCGAUGGAGCUGGAAAUCCUGGACUCAAGGGCAGAAAAGGUGAAACUGGAUUCCCAGGAUACCCAGGGUCAAAGGGAGAUCCUGGAGACAAAGGGUCAGAAGGAGAUCUUGGACCUAAAGGGAACAGAGGUCGUAGAGGGAAUGCUGGAGAUCCUGGCACUGUUGGUGGAAGAGGAGAUCCAGGAUAUCCAGGGGCAGCUGGACUGAAGGGAAACAGAGGAGGAGGCCGAGAUCAAUGUGCUCUUGUGCAGAACAUUAGGAACAAGUGUCCUUGCUGUUAUGGUGCCAAGGAGUGUCCAGUGUUUCCCACUGAUCUGGCAUUCGUAGUAGAUACCUCAUCUGAUGUAAACCGUAAUGCCUUUAACAACAUGAAGGAAGCUGUUUUAAGGGUGGUGAAUGAACUGGCCAUUACUGAAAGCAACUGCCCCAGAGGAGCUCGAGUGGCCCUGCUUACAUAUAACAGUGAUGUUACAACAGAGAUCCGCUUCUCAGAUGCUCUGCGCAAGCCAGCUCUGCUCCAAGAAAUAAGAAAUUUGCAGCCCAAACAAACAAGCAAACAGCGUAGCUUGGAGAGCGCUAUGGCUUUUGUGGCACGGAACACAUUUAAGAGAGCAAGAGGAGGGUUUCUCCUUAGAAAAGUGGCAGUGUUUUUCAGUAAUGGACAAACCAAAGCCUCCCAGCAACUCAAUGAGGCAGUGCUUAAGCUGUAUGAUGCAGGAGUGUCAUCUGUCUUCCUCACUAAUAGGGAAGACAGGGUAUUGUCUAAUGCUCUGCAGGUUAACAACACAGCUGUGGGUCAGGCUAUUGUUCUCAGUACAGGUGCUGCUCAGUUUAAUGAAACCAUUCGCAAAGUUUUGUCCUGCCAUGUAUGUCUAGAUAUAUGUGAACCAGACCGUACAUGUGGGAGCAGCAUUGGUACACCAAGAGGAGAUUUCCGUCUGCGCCGUUCAACUACCACUGAUGAAGACAUUGACCUUGUUUUCCUCCUUGACAGCUCAGACUCCACCACUGCUGCCCAGUUUGCAGAGAUUAAAAACUUUUUGUACUAUGUCGUCAGGGAACUGGAACUUAGCCCAGAACCUAAGACCUCUUCCCAUCAUGCCCGUAUUGCUGUGGUCCAGCAUGCCCCUUAUGAGUACCAAAAUAAUGCCAGCACCUCCCCUGUACAAGUAGAUGUUGGGUUGACAGAAUACGGUUCCCCUCUUCAAUUGCAUGACUUCAUUCUAAAUAAGAUGACUCAACUGUAUGGUGCAAGGUCACUUAGCAGUGCUAUCCAGUAUACUGUAGAUCAUGUAUUUGGAACAGCACCAUAUCCUAGGGAAAUGAAAGUAAUUUUCCUAAUCCUGACUGGAGAAGUGAAGGCCUCAGAACUCAAACAGCUUUAUAGAACAGUAACUGAGGCUAAGUGCAAGGGUAUAUUCUUUGUGGUUCUUACUGUUGGAAAGAAAGUAAAUGUGGGCCAAUUGAUUACCUUGGCCAGUGAACCUCAAGAUGUCUUCUUUAAGAAGGCAAGCAACCCAUCCGAGCUGCUUGAGAAGAACCUACUGCGAUUUGCAUUACAGCUACCAGGAUUCAUCAGCAGUGCAAACACUUACCAACUCUCUCCAGAAAUCGAGGAGCAGUGUGCCUUGUUCCAGUAUGAGCGAUUGCUGAGGUUACCCCAAAAUGAGAACUACAAAGAGAUAGUAACUGCUUAUGAAACAACAGAUGAGAUUGUGUCCAGUCCUCAAACUGAAGUGGAACCAGUCCCUAUGACCACAGGCACACCUACAGAUCCAUCCAUUUCAUCACCAGUCCCAGAGGUACCACAGGCUGAUUUGAAAGUGCUUGAUGUGACAGAAAACAGUGCACGGCUACGGUGGACCAACACAUUUCCCCAACAACCUCACCUCUAUGACCUUAGUGUCACCUCACUUGCUGACCAAGUUCUAGUUGUCAAACAAAAUGUCACCGGGACUGAAAGAGUCAUUGGAGGGCUACAGAGUGGACAACAAUAUAAGGUCACAAUCAUAGGCCACCAUCCGGCACAUGGCCAGGUCACUUACCAUGCAAUAUUUACCACCAGUAAAUCUCAACAAAAGCCAGCAGCUGUGUCCAGUAUAAAUAUGCCAAUGAACACAGAACCUCUGAACACUCCAGAAAUUGAUCCUUGUGGGCUAGACCUGGACAUGGGCACUCAGUGCAAGGACAUUCAGGUUAAGUGGUUCUUUGACAAGACAAACAAGAUUUGCACCCAGGUUUGGUAUGGAGGGUGUGGUGGUAAUGCCAAUAGAUUUGACACUGAAGCUGAAUGCUUGAGCAGGUGUCUUAAGACAACAGGUGAGAAGAAUGUCCAAGUCUCAGCCCUUGAAGGAAAGUCACUGCCAGGCUCUCUGGUCUGUAACUUGCCAAAGGAGGACGGAACCUGUAGGGACUUUACCCUGAUGUGGUACUAUGACCCACAAACCAAGAGCUGUACCCGGUUUUGGUAUGGAGGCUGCGGUGGAAAUGACAAUCGGUUCAAGACACAAAAAGAAUGUGAAAAUACUUGUAUUCCAGUGUCUAUGAACGCUGGUGUGGUCUCUGCUAUCGGAACAUAAGGAGAUCCCCUGUACUUACCUCUCAGGGGACACAGCCCAGGACGCACUGCCCUCUCCUUCACCUUGUGUCCCAGCAGCCUGAACCCCUGCGGGAUGAGAGGGGAAUUACACAGUUUAUCAAUAUGGUGCUAAUAUUUCUAUGGACUUGGUGCUUACUGUGGCCUGGUGUCCUAAACACUUUCACUGCUGGAAAGAGCUCUGCUACAUUGCCCAUCAUAUCAUCCUUUGCACUCUGCAGCCUUGAAAGGGUUACUUGGCAGUCCGUAUGCUCAGUAACAACUGUCAAAGGCUAAUACAUGUCAGUUAUUUUUUAUAGUUCCAAACUCAAUUUGUUAAUAUUUUUUGCCACUAGACUACCUUGUAUUUCUCACCUAUAUUGUUCCCUAUCAAAGCCUGUCAUCACUGACAUGUAAAGCACAGGACCAGCAAUGAAUGAUUUAACUAAAAUAUAUAUAUAUAAAAAUAUAUAUACAUAUCCAGCAUAUCCAAAGCACAAUCCCUUCCACUGUCCACAUAUUGCACACACCUACAGAUCCUUCAUGAUGUGUAUACCUUUCCCUUGGAGAUGAAGAUUAAAAGCCCCCUGUUGCUAGAUAUAUAUUUUGCAGCCUACUCUGGCAGUGAAAGGUUCAAACUCUAGGUUUUACCACUUAUUAAGUAGUGAGUUUAUUCUACAGCAACAAAGCAACCCUUGCUGCUGUAACGGAAUGCCGGGGAUGAACAGUGCAAAAUCACUGCAGCAUUCAUUUUGACGAUUUUGUUUUUUGUUUUGUUUUGGGGUUUUGCUGGGUGUUAUUUUUUUUGUUUAAUUUGAGGUUUUUGGAGGGGUGAGACUAAAAAUGAGGCCUUCAUGAUAUUGUUUUUGUUUUUUUAAGACCAAAAGAUUUUACAAAAAAGUUUGAAUAAAGGCUCAAGAGGUGUCCAA